AUGUAUCCAUCAACAAGUCUGAUCACGACAUGUAUCCUGGCAGCCGGCAAAGUCCUCGCCUAUGAACCGCUCCAGCCAAGACAAGCCACCGACCCCGCCUCAUUCACCAAAGCCGUCUCCGCGCUCGUGCACACCUAUCUCCCAUCGGACUUGUAUGCCCGCCUGACGGCCACCGUCACGGCCCUGGUGCCCGCAUCCGAGGCCACCCAGGGCCCGGAGGCGAUUCUCGUCUCCGCCCUGGCAGCCUCUCCACCCCCGACGUGGCUCACACAGGCCUUCGGCCCGGACGCCGCCGUCUAUCAGUCCGGCUUGGCUCAAGGUGUCGAACAGAUCCGCCCUGGCGGCAGCGGCGGUGCCCCCACCACCACCACCACUACCGAGGGUCCGACCGAGACCGAGGCCGCCGCCAAUACUACCUCGUCAUCCAGCGAGGGUGCUGCCGCCCGGCAGACGCUUGCGGCGGUUGGUGUGCUUGGCAUGGCCGGCCUCCUGGCGGUAGCAUUGUAA